ACAAGAACAGUUGAGCGUUGUGCUCCGGGAGGGAAGGGUGUUUUGGCCAGCAUCAGCAUCUCAGUUCUCAGUCAGCGACGAAACGGGAAGGAUUAGCGCGUCUGGGAGGAGAGGCGCUUGGCAAAACGCGAUACGACGGAAUCUGCUCUUCAGAUGUUUCGUCAUGAAACAUCUUGCAACCCGAUGAGAGUUUAUUGUCGAGAAACAGUGGACAAGGCCUGGGGAAGAAGAACAGUGUUCAGAUUUGCAGCCGUUCCGAUAGGAUAAGACCGGAAAUGAAUGUCAGUUCGCGAAACUUCGCGUAAGAGUCAGGUUGACCGGAGGACACCUGAAACAGUGCCAAAGAGUGGUGUUAAAUUUUGUGUAAAAGGAAUGGAAAUUACCACAAAUUACUACAAAUGUUGUUAGAUACGAGAACUGUUGAAAAAUUUUCAGUGCAAAUUAAGAAACGCAGAUAUUAAAAAAAAAAAAUGCAGUGAAUUUUAGUGGUCUCAAGUUUCGCCCAAGACCGCGUGAGUUUUCGUCUCUGGAACUGCGACUAACCAGAAGUUUCCCGGGUAUCGCCUCCGUGUAUGGCCCCUGGGAAGGCUGGUCCCAUGGCGUCGCUGGCCACCAUCGACACGAGCUCCUCGAUGUACGCACCCACACAGCUACUGAACUGGGUGUACCUGACGCUGGCCGAUCAGAACGGUGCACCGACUUCUGAACAAGUCCCGUCGAAGAUCCUUCCACCGGUAUGGAGCCCGUUCCCAACAGCACAGACGUACAAUUACAACUAUAACAAUGGUUACAAUAGCAGCAGCCUCUCAGGGGGGCUCAGUGGACUCGCCAACGCGCUCAACGCGGGCCUAGGCAACUGUCUCACCACCGGCACCUUGAGCGAAAGUAUAGGAGAUCUCGCGGAUCACUUCACAGAACUGAGCCUGGGUCUGGAGAGGAAGCCGACAAAGAGGCCACCCCCCACAUACCUCUGUCACCUGUGUUUCAAGAAAGGACACUACAUCAAAGACUGCCCUCAGGCGAGGCCCAAAGGCGAGGGUCUAACUCCCUACCAGGGAAAAAAGCGGUGUUUCGGGGAGUAUAAGUGUCCUAAAUGCAAGAGGAAAUGGAUGUCUGGGAACAGCUGGGCCAACAUGGGGCAAGAAUGCAUCAAGUGCCACAUCAACGUGUACCCACAUAAACAGCGCCCUUUGGAAAAACCAGAUGGACUUGAUGUGUCUGAUCAAUCCAAGGUACAUCCUCAGCAUUUAUGUGAGAAGUGCAAAAACCUUGGCUACUACUGUCGUCGUGUACAGGUCUAACACCGUCCUGUCUGAUAAGAGGACAACUUCGAAAUCUUGUCUACAGCAGUAGCAGACAUCCUCUGUAUGUAAAUUCUUUACUGUGAGUUAUGGAUACAGUUUUUGUGAACAGCUCUGUAUACAAGACGAGGCCUGAGGGCCCAUCCUGCGUUACGCGAGUUCUGAGGAGGACAACGGUAACUCGGGAGAGAAACAGAAAUUAUUCGAGUUGGCAAACAACACAACACUGGCUGACAGAAAACAUUAAUGCUGCCAAGAAGUUGGGCUAAUUCUGUCGAGUAAAAUUCAGGUUGAAGCUUGCAUCUCUUUAUCUUGCACCUGUUGGGUUUCUAUCAAAGAACAUGUUCCGCAAAAAUUAUAUCUUUCUGUCUCCGAUUCUAACGCUUGCACAAUUGUGCACGCACAUCAUGAUAAUCCAUAAGCCAUUUCAUCUCAUGAAAUAAUUGCAGAAGGAAAGAACAAUGAAAUGUUGUAUUUUGAAUUGUGCUGUAAGUACCAAUAGGGGAGUGAUUUGUGCUUAAGAUGGCCAUGUUUGUUGCGUUGAAACUCAGGAAUCUUAAAGGUCACUGUGGUUAAAGAAAACAAAACGAAAAUAAGAGUAAUGUAACAUAUCUGUUCUAGAACAACGAUGUUUACUGUAAACAUAAA